GUAGACUCUGCCUGGGUGUGUGUGUGUGUGUGUGUGUGUGUGCGCGUGUGUGUGUGUAAGGAAGGCAAGCGGCUGCUCAUUGCUUUCACAUGGCAUGAGGGACGCUGAACAGGCUGCAGCACAGGAGUAGGGUUUGUAAAAACGGGAUCAAGUGAUCGGGGGAUGCUGCGCUUUUGUCUGGACUUCAUUGUGACCUCGAUACCAUUUAGGACUAUCGCAAAGAUCCAUGAAGGACAGUAACUCGAGCCUGAUGUCUGGAAUGGACGCAAAUCAGAGUGUUAAGUGUAAGAUAGUAGUGAUUGGGGACAGUCAGUGCGGAAAAACCGCACUGCUCCAUGUCUUCGCCAAAGACUGCUUUCCAGAGAAUUAUGUGCCGACGGUAUUUGAGAACUAUACGGCCAGCUUUGAGAUCGAUUCACAAAGGAUUGAGCUCAGUUUGUGGGACACAUCAGGAUCUCCGUACUACGACAACGUGCGUCCCUUGUCCUACCCCGACUCCGAUGCGGUCCUCAUCUGCUUCGACAUCAGCCGACCAGAAACCUUGGACAGCGUGUUAAAGAAGUGGAAAGGAGAGAUCCAAGAAUUUUGCCCCAAUACUAAGAUGCUGUUAGUAGGAUGCAAAUCAGACCUGCGCACAGAUCUCAGCACCUUGGUGGAACUUUCAAAUCACAGGCAAACCCCUGUAUCAUACGAUCAGGGAUCAAACAUGGCCAAGCAAAUCUCGGCUCCUUACAUCGAGUGUUCCGCUCUGCAGUCGGAGAACAGCGUGAGGGACAUUUUCCACGUCGCCACCUUGGCCUGUGUCAACAAGAACAACAAGAAUGUUAAACGCCAGAAGUCAUCCAGAGCCACAAAGAGGACCUCGCACAUGCCCAGUAGACCCUAUCUGGAGUCAGUAACCUCGGACAUGCGUAAAGAUAAGGCCAAGAGCUGCACAGUGAUGUGAAGAUCUGGAGAACAUGGAUGGGUGUCAAAACAAGACAAAAGGAUAUCGGUACAACUACUCAUAUGAAGCAGCGAGGGAUGCAGGACAAUGUCUUUGCACUUUAUGUCCUUCUGUGUCUGUCUAUACUGCCCCACCUGAAAUAAGCCGACCAAAAUCAAACGUACCACAGCACCAGAAAAACACCAGGUGUUGGAAAGACAUCUAUGCUAAUACAAAAAAAUCCCAGUUCUUGAAGUUUGGGAAGGAAGUUCUGAAUAAUCUACAUGGAGAAUUGCUGGAGGACUUGAUUUUUGAGACGUAUUUGAAAUACAGGUCAAGGAACUUUACAGUGAACGCUGAUUGUGUUUGUUUUUUUGGACUUUUUAAAAAAGGAAUGGAGAUGUUUGAAGGAAAGCCACAUUCACACUGCUAAUGAGCUGCUGUGGAAUUUUCCCACAGAAGACAAAAACAAGGCACUUAACAGAGUUAAUGAUGUGACUAACACUGUGGAUAAACCUGGCUUUCUUUUCGUUUUUCCAUCUUCUUGCCUUGAUGAUUUGUCCAGAUGAGAAUUGGAUGUGUGUCAGUCAAAGUCUCGAUACUUGUAGGUCUGGAAACAUCAGGAGUCUGCCUGAGCUUUCUAACAGUUCUGUCUUCGUGGUGAUGCUAACCUCAGAACCUUAGUGCUUGUGUUUCUCUUCUUUCUUUUUAGAAAAAGCCAAAGAAGUGUCGAAGUCAAGCGUGUGUGUUCUAGUGUCAGGGUUUCCUGUUUAAACUGUUAUGCUUUAUGUGCAGUCUUAAGUGUUUGAUAUAUUAUUGGUGAUAGUUCUGGCUAGGCUUGAUGAGCAUAUCUUUAUGAGUGACUGGAUCUUAUGGAACCAACAUUAGUACUGUGUCCAACUCCAGUGCCUCCCUGUCUUUGUGUGUUGGUGUACCCAAGCUUUUCAUGGCCUGGGUUUUCAGUAUUGCCUGAGAGCCUUUUAAUACCUCUGCCUAAUCCGUUUGGAAUUUCCUGUAAGAGAAUCAUCUCAGCUAUGCAAUAUGCUGACUUUGGCCCAUUUUGGCAAUUUGAAAAAUGGCUAGCCUGGAGAAAUCCAUAUAUAUAUAUAUAUAUAUAUAUAUAUAUAUAUAUAUAUAUAUAUAUAUAUAUAUAUAUAUAUAUCCCUUUGAAGAAACCUACUCGACUAGUGUCAGGGGAACGGAACAUUCAAGUACAUCCUUAGUCCAUGUUAAAAGCAAUGCUCAUACAGCCUCAAGCACCAGUAGACCCAGUAUCACAAACUGGAACACAACCUAGCUACGGGAUUAUUUCCCAACGUAUCGGUCACUACCUUAAAUAAGGCCAUCCUUAAAAAUAUUUUGGUUUGCAGUAACAGUAAAAAAAAAAAAAAAAAAAAAAGGGUUGGUAGGUAGGUCUAUAUUUUGUUUUUUCAAGUUUCAAUGUAAAAAAAAAAAUAGUACAAUGUUGGUGACGGUGAUUACGUAGGUAUGAAUUUAAACAAAUUAGCAUAUCGUGACGUCACUGACUGAGUCUUCAACCUGUGCCUUCGGGCGCAUCGUUGCAAACCUCAUUUUGACGCGGGCUAUAUAGACCACAAACAAAUUUGUUUGACCGGUGACCGCGAACAUUUUGUUUACUGCAGCCGCAACCAUCGUUACCGAGCGCGAACCGUCGACUCUGACAGUAAAUGAGAGGACGAGACGAAGCGAACGCACAGGCCGUAGUGUGACAUCCGUUAACCGAUAGUGUAAACAUAGAUGACGUCACGGGUUUUUAUUUAAAAGAAAGAACGUAGCCUUCGUUUGUAUGUAGGCCUAGGCAAUUUAUAUAUUUACAAUAUUUACAAAAAUAUAAUUAAUAUUAUUAUUUUAUUGCUUUUGUAUUAGUUGUAUUAGUAGUUAACGCAAAUUUACAACCGGCAAGUCGGUCGGACUUAAAGCAAAAAAUAAAAAUAAAAAAUUGAGUCAGUCCUAAAUUGACAGGGUCAGUCGGGUUACGGCAAACAAGAAUAUUUUUAAGGAUGGCCUGACCUUUGUUCAGACAGGUGCCUCGCAGUCCUCCUGGGCAUUUUUAUUCAGCUUGCAGGUUUAUGCCAUGAUUUCCAAUAUCCAGUGUUAGCUGUAGCGUGUCAGCCUUUUAAAUUUUGAAUGUUGGAAUCCGUUUGUAUGUCUCUAUGGUAUGUUUCUGCAAUAUUUAUUACAUUUCUUUUCUUUUUUUUUAUUUUAAUAAAAUGCAGUGUAUAGUAUGAUCCAUUCUGUGGUAUUUUUUUCUUUUUACUGUUGGAUAAAUAAACAAAACGGAUUACAAUUAUUGUUCAA